CCUCUGGCAAGCAUUACUCUGGUCUUCAUAAGCAAAUUAUGAUGGAAUUAGUGCUAGAGAAUUGCUGGCACUUCAUCUAAGGAAGGAUCUAAGUGCAGGAUGAAGUUUUAUUGCUCUAACACAAUGAUUUCCUUCUUGAUUUACCUCUUCGCUGGUACUGUAUUCACGGUUGAAGGGAUCAAGUAUGAUCUAAAAAACUGUGAUCCUAAGUAUGCAAGCUGGAGCCCUGAACAUUCUGCCUGUAUCAGUGAUAGGCAGGACACUUAUGGAAUUACCUUUGAGGAAGCUGAAUAUAUCUUAUCAAGGCAUAACUAUUAUCGUAGCAAUGUACAUCGCUUUAACAAUCAGCCACCAGCAGGCAAAAUGAUGAAAAUGGUUUGGGAUGAUGAAAUCGCUUUUUUAGCUCAGCAAUGGGCACAUGGAUGUAUCUACCAACAUGACACAAAUGAAAAUAGGAACAUUCCGGGUUUAUACCAAGUGGGACAAAACCUUGCAUGGAGCUCUAUCCAUUCAUGGAGCAGUAUUGUGGACGCUUGGCAAAAUGAAGUGGAACUCUUCAAAUUUGGACAGAGGACUGGUAAUAAUGUUGGGCACUACACACAGAUGGUUUGGGAUACAAGCUCAAGAUUAGGCUGUGGAUAUGCCUUGUGUAAUGAAACAAAACACUUCUUUGUUUGUAAUUAUGGACCUGCUGGAAAUUACGUUGGUAAAUUAUAUAAGCCAUAUGAGGUAUCUGCCAAACCAGGCUCAUUAUGUGGAGGAAGCUUGGAACCAUCUUCAAGAUUAUGUGAUUGUGAUGGCAAAGUGUGCCACAAUGGAGGAAAGCUUAAUGUUGAUACAUGCGAAUGUCAGUGCCCCCCUGGUGUGACCUGGAUGGAUGAUGUUUGUGACAUACAAUGCGACUUAGUUAUUGAUAAUUUCAUAUGUGCAAGCAGAGGUGGGAAUUGGCCAAUUGAAUACUGUAAGUUAUACGACAAUGUUGGGUUUCAGUAUUGCCCAAUAACUUGUGGAUUAUGUCCAUAUAAUGAGACACACUAUUGGGGAUCACCAAUAUCAUUUGAUUUUGGAACUGAAAGGGACACAACUACAGUUACAUCUGCUAGGCCUUUCACUGUAAAGGCUACUGCAGCUACGACAAAGAGCAUCACUACGACACAGACCUCUACCACAAGAAAGCUGACCCCUUCUACUCCAAAGCUGACCCCUUCUACUACAAUGCAAACCCCUUCUACUGUAAAGCUGACCCCUUCUACUACAAUGCAGGCCCCCUCUACUGUAAAGCUGACCCCUUCUACUAUAAGAGAGACCCCAUCUACUACAAAGCUGACCCCUUCUACUACAAUGCAGGCCCCCUAUACUGUAAAGCUGACCCCUUCUACUAUAAGAGAGACCCCAUCUACUACAAAGCUGACCCCAUCUACUACAGUGCAGACCCCUUCUAGUACAAUGCAGACCACUUCUACUCCACAGCAGACCCCUUCUACUAUAAGGCAAACCCCUUCUACUCUAAUGCAGACCCCUUCUACUACAAAGCAGAUUCCAGAUAUUACUAAUCAGACCCCUUCCAUCACAAAUCAGGUCUCUGUUACUUCAAAGCAGACUCCUGUUGUCACUACAAAUAAAGCUGUCACUACAAUGAUAACCCCUGUUGUUACAAAUGGUACAUUUGCUACUAUGAACGAUAAUUCAGUUACUCAAAAAGGAGAGUCAGUUACCAUGAAAAAAGAUUCCAACUCGACCACACCAAAACUUACUACCUCAGUUACCCCUACACCAAAUUCUAAAGCUGGGGAUACAAUGGUGGACUCAAGUAACGAAGUUCCUGGUAUUACUUCAAUACCAACUGACACAAAAUCAACAUUGAAUUCAAAGUCGAUUCAAGAGGAUGAAUCAUCACAGACUCUGUCCCCUCCUACUGGGAAGCCUGCUAUAGGUGUAGCAUUUACAACUAAGAUUGCAACAUUGCCAACAACCUCACCCCCAUCCCCACCUCCAUCUACAACAGAAGUACCUACAACACCUACUUGUGGCAACUGCUCAGCAUUGUUUCAUUAUGAACAAACCACACCACCACACAGCACUACAACUGUCAACACAGACAAAAAUACUCCGUUGGGUGGGCAAAGCUCAACUAUAUUGGGUGGGCAAAGCUCAACUACGUUGGGUGGGCAAAGCUCAACUACAACUCCUUUAACUACUACAGCAGGUGUAAAUGGAGACAAUACUUCUAAGGGUCAAUUUGAUAAUGGAGAUAUCGAGAAAGAGGUCAUUAAUUAUGUUCCCGAUACUGAACAAAAAGACGGAGGUCUUUUUGAUGAGGAUAAACAUACAGGUGUUGAAAUGAGUGAUAAUACUGAUAUGCAUAAUGGAGCAAGUGAUAAGGAACACAAUGACCUUGAAAGUCCAGGUGCAAAUGAUCAGAUAGCUGAUGGCAGUGUUGAAAGUGCCAAAACGACGCCAGCACUGACUACGCCAACCAGAGUCACAACAUCUAAAAUCACUACUCCACAGGCUACCAUUACCACAAAGAAGGUCAUCACCACAACAUUCGCCCCCAUACCUACCACAACAACUAGCAGACCAACUCCAGUUCGGGGUAUAAUUGAUUCAAUCCAACCGCUUUCACCAUGCGAUGCAGUGGAGCCUGCAGCUUGUGGACAACCAAGUGGGAGCUACUGGCCAAGCACAUACUGCUCAUACGCCAGUGUGAAGAUGAUCUGUCCAGCAAUGUGUGGGAUCUGCCAUGCGGAAUAUUGCGUAGACUAUGAAGGGAAUGUGUAUGAGCAGAGUGAGCAAUGGGUGACUCUAUUUGGGAGAUUUACCUGUACUGAAAAUGGUAUUCUGCAUGAAAAUGGGUGUCUCAUUGAUGAUCAGUUUAUUCCAACUGGAGGGCAGAUCUCGUACAUCGAGGGCCCGUGGAAAUGGAAAUGUGACUGUCAGUACAGAGAUGGCUUAUAUCAGACCUAUUGUGCUCCUCAGUAUAUCCAGGGUUAAUAAUUCAAAGAUUAAUGAGACAACAUAAUAAACCAUCGUGAAAAAAUUAUAGAUAAUGAACAUUUGUAUAGGAGUUUAUUAUCUGUGUAAUACCUCAGUACAAUACAUUUUUUCCAUAUAUUGAUUUACAGACGUUAGAUUCUUGAGAUAAAUGGAAGAGGUCUGUAGUCAUCCUUGGAGGGAACUAGGGCUGUGCCGGGAUCGGUUUGGAAUCAGAAUUUUUUUCUCACGGAAUCUGAACUUUCGGAACCCCUUAUGUGCCACAAAUGAAAAGAAACGAACCUGCUUGAUAAGUUGAUACUACAGCGUCUUGGCAUAAUUUGCACAUCGUUUUAUAUUUGUUUUAAUCGAUUGGAAGUAAAACUCCAAAGUUAACUUUUGAUUGAAUGGCACGGCCCUAGAGGGAACAUAACAUUUUAUUUUAUGUUCUUGGAUGCUUGUAAUAAAUUUGAAGCCUUGAUGUAUUUUUUUGUAUUAACAAACUUUAUAGAAAGGAAAGGGUCAUAUUUUGAAUACCUUUCAGUCUUCUUUAUUAUGUCACCACUUUUUGUGGAUCACAUCCAGCAGUUUAGCGUUUGGCAUUCAGCUUCUGUAACAAAUGGCAGGUGGUGACAUUUUGUAUCUUAAUGCUUUUUCUUUGUAAUGUCAUCACCAGAAGUGGUGAAAUAUUGUUAUAGUUUCCAAAUUUUUGUUUGGCAUUUGGCAUCUGUAACAAAUGGCAGGUGGUGACAUAUUGGAUGUUAAUGUCUUGUCUUUGUUUCCAAUCUUGCGUUCACUUUCAAUAGCUGAUAUUCAACUUACUCUGGGGCAUAAAUCAAAUAACGUACCAACCACUAGAAGUGAUUAUCAUGUAGUGAACAAGGAAAAUUGAAGGUCAAUAUUACCUUAUCUGGUUGAUAUAUGAUGAACUUCAUUGUGGGGUCCACAGUCUCUAUUAUCCCUUUGAAUUGAGAUAAUGUCUCUCACAAGUUUUAGAUGAAGAGACACUCUGAUAAAUCAGAAUGGAUGAAUUGCCCUUGCAACAUUUUGAAAUCUCAGUUUUGAUGUCUUGUUUUUGUGGAAUGUAAUGUUAAGAAAAUCUAAAAUAUGCAUAAAAUGAAAAAUACAGGGUCACCC